GUUCCAUCGGCAGCGGCGUCCACAGUCUUGUCACAGAUACAGCGGCUGGAGUGAGGCAGGAAACCGAGGGCAGUAACGAUGCAAACGCUGUGCUUUAUCUGGUCUCUGGCACUGUGGCUGAGCUCUGGGGAGAGUCAGACCGUAACCCAACCUGCGGCCGUGUCGGUGAAUCCAGGGGUCACGGCCACGCUGGACUGCAAUGUCGGAAUAAAGGAUAUCGGAUACUCUUAUUGGUACAAACAGAUACCGGGAACAACUCCUCAAUGGAUCCUCCGGUAUCAUUACUCAGAUGCCGCCCCGACCUAUGGGUCUGGGUUUAGCAGCGACCGUUUCACAUCGAAAGCCAACAGCGCCGCCACCGUUUACCAGUUGAUCAUAAGCAAGGUGGAGGUGAAUGACGCUGCCGUCUAUUACUGUAUGAAGUGGUUUACAGCGAGCAGUACUUACGUGUUCGGCCCAGGGACCAAGCUCUUUGUUACAGCUUCGCAGCUCCCAGACCCUUCAGUGAAACUGCUGGGGCCGUCAGACGAGGAGAUGUCCGCUAAAGGAGCGGGCACCUUAGUUUGCCUGGUCAGUAAACUGUCCGCGGGCUUCCCCGCCGUCAGCUGGACAGUGGACGGGAGUCCGCCGAGCGGUGAGGUGCAAACCAGCGCGAUGAGGCGGGACACGGACAACACCUUCAGUCUCAGCAGCUACCUGACGGUGCUCGGCGCAGACUGGAGCAGUGGGAAGUUGUACUCCUGCACAGUUCAGCAAGGAGCAGCCUCGAAAAUAUCCGCCACACUCACACAAUCCAGCUGUUAAAGUGAGCGCGGCUCCGGGCGUGUUUGCUCCCGGAUUACCGGGAGAUCACUGCCUCUCAUCUUCCUCCCACCUUGUGCGCCCGCUGUUCUCUGUAUUCCCUGCUUCCGAUCCGCGUUCUCCGGUUUCCACUGUGUUAUUGAAACAUUUGUACUCGAGUUGAUUGUUGUUCUGUUUCUUUCACCGUUAGGCGACACCGGUUAAAGUGGUCAGUAACUUGGCCUCAUCAACAUUGUUUUCUCAGGCAUCAGGCAUGGAUCUGAUUAAUAAAAGUGUUUGUAAAUCUUCAUCAGUAUCAGACUGACCAUCUGUAACGACGUCAAACUACCAAUAAAGAUGAUCAAUGCAGAAAUUA